AUGGCUGGCGGAAUUACCGUGCGCGACGUUGAUGCGCAGAAGUUCAUCAACGCCUAUGCUGCGUUCUUGAAGCGUCAGGGCAAGCUGCCCAUUCCCGGUUGGGUCGAUACCGUCAAGACUGGUCCCGCCAAGGAACUCCCCCCCCAGAAUAUUGACUGGUUCUACGUCCGCGCCGCCUCUGUCGCCCGCCACGUCUACCUCCGCAAGACUGUUGGAGUCGGCCGUCUUCGCAAGGUCCACGGCACCGCCAAGAACCGCGGCUCCCGCCCCUCCAAGCACGUCGACGCCUCUGGCUCCGUCGACCGCAAGAUCCUCCAGGCCCUCGAGAAGAUUGGCGUCCUCGAGCAGGACGAGGAGAAGGGUGGCCGCCGCAUCACCCAGUCUGGCCAGCGUGAUCUGGACCGUAUCGCCCAGACCACCGCUGAGGCCGACGAGGAGGAGGAGGAUGAGGAGUAA